UUCUCUUGCACCUUCUUAGUUUUAAACUCAAUGACCUGAUAAUGAAUUGUCUAGCGAACGAAAGCUUAAACCUUUUAAAAAUCUCACCUUUUUCUUCUUCCUCCUCUGCUUACAGACUACUCUCUUCCAUUACCAAUCUCCGAAACCCAUCUCUCCUUUCCACCAAAGACUGUACCUUUUCAACUCCUUUUAACCCUUUUCACUUCUUCAACGAUCAUCAAUCAAGCUCAAGCCUUUGUACGCUCCAAACAACCAGAAUCCUACAAGGGCACUUGCUCAGACGAUACCUCUUACCGUUCGAUGCUUUCCUUACGAAAUCACUGCUUAGUUGGUACUCGAAGUCGGGUUCCAUGGGUGAUGCAGCUAAGCUGUUCGACACAAUUCCUCAACCAGAUGUUAUCUCUUGUAAUAUCAUGAUCUCUGGUUAUAGACAGUGUAAAAUGUUUGAAGAGUCGUGGAGGUUUUUCUCUAAGAUGCAUUUCUUGGGUUUGGAGGCGAAUGAGAGAAGUUAUGGGUCUGUGCUGUCGGCUUGUACUGCGUUACAGGCUCCUCUGUUGAGUGAGCUUGUCUUUUGUCAUGCAGUAAAGAUGGGUUUUUUCUUGUGUGAAGUGGUUCAAUCGGCUUUAAUUGACUCCUUCUCUAAAAGUCUCAGAUUUCAUGAUGCUUAUAAGGUGUUCAGUGAGAUUAUAUCUCCUAAUGUGUAUUGUUGGAACACUAUGAUAGCAGGAGCGUUUAGAAAUCAAGAUUGUGAUGCUGUUUUUGAUCUUUUCUAUGAGAUGUGUGGUGGGUUUCAGAGACCUGAUAGUUAUACAUAUUCCACUGUUUUGGCUGCGUGUGCUUCCCUUGAGAAGCUUAGGUUCGGGAAAGCGGUUCAAGCUCGGGUGAUCAAAAGCGGAGCAGAAGAUGUGUUUAUAAACACUGCGAUUGUUGAUUUGUAUGCCAAGUGUGGGCAUAUGACCGAAGCUAGGGAAGUGUUCUCCCGUAUUCCCAACCCUAGUGUUGUCUCUUGGACAGUUAUGCUGUCUGGUUUCACAAAGAGUAACGAUGUGAUCUCCGCUCUUGGAAUAUUCAAGGAAAUGAUACGUUCAGGUGUUGAGAUUAGCCGAUGUACUGUGACCAGUGUAGUUUCUGCUUGUGGAGGGCCUUUUAUGGUCUCUGAAGCAAGCCAGGUCCAUGCUUGGGUCUUAAAGAGUGAAUUCUAUGUAGAUUCUUCAGUGGCUGCUUCCUUGAUUAGUAUGUACUCAAAGAGAGGAGAUAUUCAUCUCUCUGAAAAAGUUUUCAAGAAUCUGAAGGAUGCUCAGAGGGCAAAUGUUGUAAACGUGAUGGUCUCUUCAUUUUCGCAGAAUAAGAAGCCUGGUAAAGCAAUAAGACUGUUUACUAGAAUGCUUCAGGAGGGUUUGAGACCCGAUGAGUAUAGUGUAUGCAGUUUGUUAAGUGUAUUAGAUAGUCUGAGUUUAGGUAAGCAGAUCCAUAGCUACAUUGUUAAAAGUGGGUUGGUCCUUGAUCUCACUGUUGGAAGCUCUCUUUUCACAAUGUACUCCAAGUGCGGUAGUUUGGAAGAGUCUUUUAGUUUAUUCCGGGAGAUACCUGUUAAAGACAAUGCUUGCUGGGCUUCUAUGAUCUCUGGUUACAAUGUGUACGGUCAUCUUAAGGAAGCUAUUGGACUAUUCGGUGAGAUGUUGUCUGAUGGGACAAGCCCUGAUGAGAGUACUCUAUCCGCUGUUCUAACUGUGUGCGCUUCUCUUCCUUCUCUGCCAAGAAGUAAAGAAAUACAUGGGUACUCGUUAAGAGCUGGUAUUGACAAAGGGGUGCCUCUUGGUUCUGCACUAGUAAACACCUAUUCAAAAUGCGGCUCACUAAAGUUAGCUAGACAGGUCUAUGAUAGGCUCCCUGAAAUGGAUCCAGUUUCGUGUUCCUCGUUAAUCUCAGGAUACUCACAGCACGGGUUAGUCCAGGAUGGCUUCUUCCUGUUUCGUGAUAUGAUCAUGUCUGGUUUUACAAUGGACUCCUUUGCAGUUUCAUCCAUUCUUAAAGCCGCUGCUCUCUCAGACGCAUCAUCUCUAGGAGCUCAGGUUCAUGCCUACGUCACAAAAAUUGGAUUGUGCACAGAGCCUUCCGUGGGGAGUUCACUACUUACUAUGUAUUCAAAAUUUGGAAGCAUUGAGGAUUGUUGUAAAGCAUUCAACCAGAUCAAUGGUCCGGACUUAAUCGCAUGGACUGCUCUGAUUGCAAGUUUUGCGCAACAUGGAAAGGGCGCUGAAGCUUUACAAGUGUUUAAUCUUAUGAAGGAAAAAGGAUUCAAGCCUGAUAAAGUGACUUUCGUAGGAGUCUUGUCCGCUUGUAGCCAUGGUGGUUUGGUCGAAGAAGCCUAUAUCCAUCUAAACUUGAUGGUAAAAGACUACGGUAUCGAACCUGAGAACCGCCAUUAUGCAUGCAUGGUCGAUGCUUUGGGGAGGUCAGGAAGACUUAAAGAAGCUGAGAGUUUUAUCAACCAUAUGCCUAUUGAAGCAGACGCUUUGGUCUGGGGAACAUUGCUUGCUGCUUGCAGAAUGCACGAGGAUGUUGAACUCGGGAAGCUAGCUGCUAAAAAGGCUAUAGAGCUAGAACCGUCAGAUGCUGCAGCGUAUGUUUCACUCUCGAACAUCCUUGCAGAGGUUGGUGAAUGGGAAGAAGUGGAGGAGACUCGGAAGCUGAUGAAAGGAAAAGGUGUAGAGAAGGAACCAGGGUGGAGUUCUCUCUGACAUAAUUGAUAAAGAGAGGGGAUGGAGGAAAAGAAGAGCAAAGUGAUACUACAUGGGAUG